AGUUGGGUCAAGUUGAACUGAACGGUUAUCAAGUUCUGCAUGCAUCCGAUCCUGUUUCAUAUUUCAGUCAAGUUUGGUUGAAUUAUUUGAUAUUUCAUGCUUUUGGGUUUUUGAUAGAUAUAUCUAGUUUAAUGAAUGGAUUUAUAAGUUGAGUAUGUAAUAUGUUUCUCCGUUAGGUUCUUGAAGCCAGACUUUUUAUGCAAUUGGCGGAUGGUAUUGGAACUCUGUAGGUUCUGCUGGGUUUGAUAUUCCUUUUCUUCGUUUUUCAUGCUGUGGCCAAGAAUUAGGUGCCUCGGUUUAGAAGGACGAUAAGUUUAAGGAUAUUUUCUCCCAGGUGGAUUUUUGAGUCAGUUUCUGUUUAUUAGUUAUAUACCUAAUUGGUUUUAUGUUUGCAAUACUCUAAAGGAAUGUUUUUAUUUUGAGUUUGUGUGAUCAAUCGUUCAUACACCAUAUGGUUAAAACUUAAAUGAAAUCUAUUUGUAUACGCCUGUGGCAUAUAUUUAAACAGGGAUAGAGUUUAGUGCGUAUAUGCUCCCUGCCUUUCGAUAUUCCAGAAAAAGGUUCACGAGGAACGAAAGAUGGACCCUGCCUUAGUACCAUGAUGCUGUUCGAGUUCGAUCCAUCAACCGAACCUUAAUGGUACUCAGUCCUGAUGAAAAGUAACAUUGAGAAAGAGAGAAGGGAAGAAGGAUGGAUCACCAAGCUGACACUAACAGAACUGAUUUGAUGACUAUCACACGCUUUGUUCUGAAUGAACAGUCUAAGUAUCCCGAAUCACGUGGUGAUUUCACCAUCCUUCUCAAUACCAUUGUUCUUGGUUGCAAAUUUGUUUGUUCUGCUGUUGGCAAGGCUGGGUUGGCUAAACUCAUAGGACUUGCUGGAGAGACCAAUGUUCAAGGGGAGGAGCAAAAGAAAUUGGAUGUACUUUCAAAUGAAGUAUUUGUGAAAGCCUUAAUUAGCAGUGGACGCACAUCCGUUCUUGUUUCCGAAGAAGUUGGAGAGGCCAUAUUUGUGCCACGAUCACACCGUGGCAAAUACAUUGUUGUGUUUGAUCCUUUGGAUGGAUCCUCAAACAUUGACUGCGGAGUUUCUAUUGGAACUAUCUUUGGAAUUUACAUGGUAAAGAAUGAGGCUAAAGUAAGUCUUGAAGAUGCAAUGCAACCUGGAAACCAAAUGCUAGCAGCAGGUUACUGCAUGUAUGGAAGCUCUUGCACGUUCGUGCUUAGCACAGGAAAUGGAGUGAAUGGUUUUACACUCGAUCCUUCCCUUGGGGAGUUCAUAUUAACUCACCCCAACAUCAAGAUACCAAGGAAAGGAAAUAUUUAUUCCGUGAAUGAAGGAAAUGCCAAAAACUGGGAUGAACCAACCACUAAAUACGUACAAAAGUGCAAGUUUCCUCAAGAUGGUUCACCACCAAAGUCUCUUAGGUACAUAGGAAGUAUGGUUGCUGACAUCCAUCGAACAUUGCUUUAUGGUGGUAUCUUCAUGUACCCUGCUGAUAUAAAGAGUCCACAUGGAAAGCUACGGAUUCUGUAUGAAGUAUUUCCAAUGUCAUAUUUGAUGGAGCAAGCAGGAGGUCAGGCUUUCACAGGAAAACGACGGGCUCUUGACUUGGUUCCAAGAGAAUUACAUGAACGAUCACCAAUAUUCCUAGGCAGUUACGAUGACAUUGAGCAAAUCAAAGAGCUUUAUGCAUCAUCCAAAGCAGAUGGUGCAUGAAUAUUGUCUUUCAAUCUUUGAAUCUUUUCUUUCAUGUGUUAACAUAUAUUUGUUCUUGGGCUCUUGAAAGUUCAUUGGAUAUCACAACAUUUAACCUUUUGUUUAAU